GAGUUAAAAUUAACUGCCUGGCAGUAUACAAGCAUGGAGCCUGCACAAGAGCCACAGGAGCUGGGACCUCAGACAGAAAUGAUUGCAGACACAAUUCUUGAGGUUGGAGAGAGACUCUUCCAGGUCAGCCGUAGGGUGCUUUCAGUACACAGUCGAUAUUUUGAAGCGAUGUUUUUUGGAGGAGCAAGAGAGAGCUCUGAACAGCACAUAGUGAUCAAAGGGAUCGAUGCAGUGCCAUUUCAGGCACUACUUGAGUUCACUCGCACGGCCCAAGUGCUCAUAGGUCAAGAAAAUGUGACCAGCUUACUGGAAACAGCUGAUUUUUUUCAGUUUGACAGGGUGAAACUGUUGUGUGAGAAAUUUCUGGAGAGAGAACUGCAUGUUUCAAACUGCCUGGGCUUGAUGACCUACUCACAGCAAUUUGCCUUUACAGAGUUAUAUGUGUCUGCUAUGAAUGUGGCUCUCACUCACUGGGGGGAUGUGAUAUGCCAGGAAGAAUUUAAGGCAUUACCCAAGGAAAUGCUGGUGCAGCUCCUGAAGAGUGAUGACCUCUUCAUUUCAAGAGAGGAUGUGGUUUUUGACAGUAUUAUGAUUUGGAUAAUGGAGGACCCAGCAACAAGAGAGGAAGAAUUUCUGGAUUUGGUGGGCGAAGUCAGGGUCGCUUUUCUGAGUUUGUCCUUCCUCGAUAUCUUGGUGAAACGCAGCAAGCGUGCUGGAGAGACAGAUAUCUUUUCCAGACUAAUAAAGAAGUUAGACAGCUGUCCCCCACCCAGCUGGCAAAAUCCGAAACUGUGUCCUUAUGCUGGCCGGAGCUAUGACACCUUAUAUGUCCUGGGAGGAAAGCAUGACAAGGAACAGCAAGAAUUAUUUCUCUUCCAACCUAAAACAGGGACCUGGCAGGCUUGUUCUCCCCUGCAGCGCAAGAACCUCACCCAGUAUGCAGUGGCAGCAGUAGGGAGCUUCCUUUUUGUGACAGGAGGAUAUUUCCGGGAUGAAUUUGUGUGGUACAGUGUGGAUUGGGUGCUCAUCUACAACUGCUUGGACAAUUGCUGGCUGGAAGGGCCAGCCAUGAAGAAGUCCCGCAACAGCCACUGUGCAGUAGGAGUAGGGCUCCACUUGUAUGUGCUCGGAGGGAGCACGGAUGAAGGGAUAAUCCCAGCAGUGGAGCGCAUGGCUCUGAUGGAGUCAGAGUGGGAAAGCAUGAGUCCUAUGGCUCAGCCUGUGGAGAGAGGCGAUGCCACCAGUGUGGGAACCAGGAUCUAUGUGGUCUGUGGCCUGGAUGAGAAUGGACACGUGUAUGACGGAGUGCAAAGGCUGAACACAGAGACAGAUAGCUGGGAUGUCAUCUCGUUCUCCCCUCUUCCAAGGUAUGACCUCUGCAUCACAUCCCUGAAUGGGGCUCUGUACACUGUAGGAGGGGAAGCUUUUCGAUUUGAUGUGGAGACAGAUGAAUGGACCCAGGUGAAUGAGGAAUGCUUGACCCAGAAGUUCUUCAUGGGAUGCAGCACCGUGAAUGGACAAAUUUAUCUUCUUGGACAGAGGAAGGGAAACAGCACCCUCCCCAUUGCAGUCCUCUUUGAUCCCUACACUGAUGUGUGCCAGGUCAUAGAUAACAAACUCCCUUGCCCCGUUCCUAUUCAUGGCUGUGUCUCUGUGCGAAGAUUUGAUACAUGGGUGUAAGAGUGGAAGAUGUAUACUUUACAGCUGAAGGGAGUUAAAUUGCAUCAACUUUGGCCUGUGACAUUUAAAAAAAAUUAUUCCUUUGUAAUUUUACCUUUUCUUUUCUACUUGACAAAUGAACUUGAAGCAAAAGCCAGUGCAAACUUUGUCUACACAAAGGGUGCAGGUCAUUAUUGAAAAUGGUGAUUGGUAUUGUUAUGACAUAUAAACUCCUUA